CCUCCCCUCUGAUCAUGUUGACAUAUUCACACGCCAUGGAGUAGUAGUGAUGCUUUGCUGCAGCGUUACAGUUUCCGACACCUUCUUUUUAUAACUCGGCUCUGUCCCCCUCCACCCGACCUGUCAAAACCACGCCUAUGGAGCCACACAAUUGGUCCGAAAGCGUCAAAGAGCCAAUCAAGUAGGCUCCAGCUCCCCUGCGACCCAUAACACAUCCCUACAAUCUGGUGCACGGGAAGCAGAGCUCACAGGGAAUUCUUGGAGCUGAAAGUCGCUCGUUCUCUCUCCCCUCUGCUGGAGUGUGUCGGAGCGGAGACCGGGGUGUAAUUCCGAAUAAAAAAGGCAGGGAGAGAGAGAGAGAGAAGGGAAGGGGAAAGAAAAGAAAGGAGGAGAAGAAGAGAUCCUUAUUGGAAUCAGGGCUCCAUCCGAAGGCUCUGCGGGGAAGGGGGCGGGGGAAACGGAAGCGAGAUUUCACUGCAAAUUUUGUAGCUGCUGCCUGCUGGAAGGGUGAUCCAGCCAGGGGUCCUUUUAUUGUUUUGUGGGGAGUUUUGUUUGUUUUUCUAUUCCCCCCUUCCCUUCCCAGGCUCUGUUCUGCAGCCUGACUGUGCAAGGAAGGGAAGGGACCCCCCCCCACCGCAACAAGAAAAUAAACCACAGAAAGACAACCCGGCUUCGACCCUGCAACCGAGGGAGAGGAAAAUAAAACACGCGCAGGCUCCAGGCGCUCCCGUGUCCACAGCGGAGACCUCCGUCCGCCGCAGCCACAUCCUUGGAUUUUCUUCUGCUGCUUCUACAUCCUUUGAAAUUGAAUGCAAGAACCUCCACUCGGGGAGGAAAAAAAAAACCCAUUAAGACUAAUCAGCCGCCGCCACAAGGAGAAGCUGUCCUGAGCGAUUAUGUCUCCUGACUGGGCCGCUUGCAGUGUGUAGUUUUUCUGUUUCAUGUACUCUGUGCCCAUAGAUCUCGCCCCCCCACACACCCUGUUUGGGGUGAUUUUUCCCCCCAUGAUGUACUGUUAGAAACCACUCCAGGGCUCCUCCAGCGGUAGGAAGGUCCGGGGGGAGUGGAUGAGUAUACCGAUGAGAGAUCCAGUAAUCCCUGGGACAAGCAUGGCUUAUCAUCCCUUUUUACCUCACCGGGCACCGGACUUUGCCAUGAGCGCAGUACUGGGACACCAACCUCCGUUCUUCCCGGCGCUUGCCUUGCCGCCCAAUGGGGCGGCUGCCCUCUCCCUUCCCGGGGCUCUGGCCAAGCCGAUUAUGGAUCAAUUAGUCGGGGCGGCUGAGACUGGCAUUCCCUUUGCUUCCCUGGGUCACCAGGCGGCAGCUCAUCUGAGGCCUCUAAAAACCCUGGAGCCAGAGGAAGAGGUGGAAGAUGACCCCAAAGUGCAUCUGGAAGCCAAAGAACUUUGGGAACAAUUCCACAAAAGGGGCACCGAAAUGGUGAUCACUAAAUCAGGAAGGAGAAUGUUUCCUCCAUUUAAAGUGAGAUGCACUGGGCUGGAUAAAAAGGCCAAGUACAUUUUAUUGAUGGAUAUUGUGGCGGCUGAUGAUUGUAGAUAUAAAUUCCAUAAUUCCCGGUGGAUGGUAGCCGGCAAAGCUGACCCUGAAAUGCCAAAGAGAAUGUACAUCCACCCGGACAGUCCGGCUACAGGAGAACAAUGGAUGUCCAAAGUCGUCACUUUCCACAAACUUAAACUGACUAACAAUAUUUCUGACAAGCAUGGAUUUACCAUUUUAAACUCCAUGCACAAAUACCAACCGAGGUUCCAUAUUGUCCGGGCCAACGACAUCCUCAAGCUGCCGUACAGCACGUUCCGAACCUAUGUGUUCCCCGAGACGGAAUUCAUCGCCGUGACCGCAUACCAGAACGAUAAGAUAACCCAAUUAAAAAUUGACAACAACCCCUUUGCCAAAGGUUUUCGCGACACCGGGAAUGGAAGGAGGGAGAAAAGAAAGCAGCUGACCUUGCAGUCCAUGCGAGCUUAUGACGAGCGGCAGAAAAAGGAGAACGGCACCUCGGAUGAGUCCUCCAGCGAGCAGACGGCCUUUAAGUGCUUCGCUCAGUCCUCAUCCCCCGCCGUGUCUGCGGUGGGCACGUCCAAUCUGAAAGACCUGUGCCCCAGCGAGGCGGAGAGCGACGCGGAGAGCAAAGAUGAGCAGCAGCUGCCCGGUGACUCCGGCAAGAUCAGCACCACCACGGCGGCGGCGGAAGACCCCCGGGAGAAGGGUGGCAGCCCGGCCAAAGCGCCCUUCUUCUCCCCCGAGGCGGCGGCCGGCAAGAGCAGGGAAGGCCCCAGCCGGACUGAGAAAGCCCCCCCUGACUCCAGGCACAGCCCAGCCACCAUCUCCUCCAGCACCAGAGGCCUGGGCAGCGAGGAACUCAAAAGCCCCCUCAGGGACGCCCCGAAGGUGGAUGAGUCCCGGCUGCUGAGCAAGGAGCCCUUCGCCCCGCUCACGGUUCAGACGGACAGCGCCGCGCACCUGAGCCAGGGUCCCCUGCAGAACCUCGGCUUCCCCCACGGCUUGGCCGGCCAGCAGUUCUUCAACCCCCUGGGCAACGGGCACCCGCUGCUGCUGCACCCCAGCCAGUUCGCCAUGGGGGGAGCCUUCUCCAGCAUGGCCGCCGGCAUGGGCCCCUUGCUGGCCACCGUGUCCGGGGCAUCGGCCGGGGUCAGCGGACUGGAAAGCACUGUCAUGGCCACAGCAGCGGCUCAAGGACUUUCUGGGGCGUCGGCAGCUGCGCUACCGUUUCAUCUCCAGCAGCACGUCCUGGCCUCUCAGGGCCUGGCCAUGUCUCCCUUCGGAAGUCUCUUUCCAUACCCGUACACCUACAUGGCAGCUGCAGCCGCCGCCUCCUCCGCAGCCAGCAGCUCCGUGCACCGGCACCCCUUCCUCAGCGCCGUCCGCCCUCGGCUGAGGUACAGCCCCUACUCCAUCCCCGUGCCCCUGCCGGACAGCAGCAGCCUGCUGAGCACCGCCCUGCCCAGCGGGGCCAGCAGCACCGGGGAGGGCAAAGCGAGCAACCUGGCAGCUAGCCCCGCUUCAGUAGCCUUGGACUCUGGCUCGGAACUCAACAGCCGGUCCUCCACCCUCUCCUCGGGCUCCGUGUCCCUGUCGCCCAAACUCUGUUCUGAGAAGGAAGCGACCAGCGAACUGCAGAACAUCCAGCGCCUAGUGAGUGGACUUGAAUCCAAGCAAGACAGAUCCAGGAGUGGGUCUCCUUAAUAUUGUCCCCUCGCCACUGCACCCCGUUCCGCUCCAGGGGCGGGAGGGGGGGAGAGUGGGUUAACACGGGGGGGGUCCCCUCUAUUGUCUCAUUUCAAAUCACUCUGGCAGUGCACUUUGUUUGAAGGAAGCUUUCUGCGGUCCGCGGUGGCUUAUCAGCAAAACGUAUCUGGAAACGGGCGAAGGAGAAGGGGUGGGGGCCUGGAGGUGGAAGAGCUGGUUUGAAAGCUGCUAUCAAAGCUCAUGCUGAUCACAAGCAAUGACAUGUGGGCCAGAGAGGGGGUUGUGUGGGUGGUGGUGAUUUCUUUUCUUCAAUGUGUAAAGCAAGCAAACAAACAUAUGGAUUCAAAAUAAAGUAAGACAAGUGAUUUUUUUUCUAAAAAAGGUGUAAGUAACUUGCAUAUCAGUUCUUUCAAUAUUGUUUUUUUGGGGGCUGGGUUAUCAAAUAUAGCUCUUGUUAGCCUAUAUUAAGGGAAGCUGUGUCUUUUGACAUAUUCUUGUGAUGUCUCAAAGCCACUUUAUGGCUUUUUGCAUGUUCCAUAGUAGUCCGCUUUGGGGGGGGGGUUGUUUUAUUUUUGGAUGCUUGUUAAAAAUCCCAGGGAUAAAAUUAAAAAAAAACAAAUAAAAAUAUGAUCCUUACCCCUUUCUUCCCACCCUCCCCCUUUGUAGCAACAAAAAUAAAAAAAUGUAGCUGGAAAGGGAAAAAAAAUAUUUUAUCUAAAAACCUCUGUAGCUUGAUUGUAGGUUUCCUACAGCUUUUCCUCCUUUACUGUAUAUGCAAUAACAAGGUUUAAACAUAAUGAGAAGAAAAAAGUGGACACUAUUAUUAAAACAAAGUAUUUAUGUAAUUAUUUGAUAACUUGUAAAUAAGUGGAAUAUGAAUACUCAAAAUUAAACUUUAAUUUAUUGACAGUGUACAUAUCUCUGUAAAUAUGACUGCAGCUGUUUUUUUCUGUUUUGUUUUAGUCAUUUUCCAGUUCAUACUUCCUUUAAAAAUACACCUAAAACCAACAAACCAACCAAAUCUAUACCCCAAUGAUAAGUGUUCACUUUUAUUUUGGUUCACCACCAUGCAAACACUUAACUGAUUUUUUUUUAAAAAGAGCUGAAUGCAAAAGAAAAAGAAGAAAAAAAAUCAAUGAACUUAAAAAAGAGUGAAAGAAAUGUGCCAUUGUAGCGGUUAACCCUUGUUUUUCAGUGUUAAAAGUGCUACCCCCAGUAUAAAAUUUCAAAAAAAUAAAUAAAUCAUAAAAUGACAACACACUUCUCCAGUGACUUGAAAGGGAAAAGAGAGAGAGAGAUGAAGAAUCUAGGUUUUUCUUUACUUUAAAAAAUAUAUUAUUUUCCAAUUCCCUUGGUGUGUCAAAAUCACAAUGGAUUUUUACUACUGUUAUGCUUAUUGUUGUCUUUGUUUGAGUGGGUGCAUAUUUUAAUGGCUUGAAAGUCAGGUGCUCAGAGCUGGUUAAAAGAAAAAUGAAGGUAUACUUUGUGUUAUAUAAUUGUCAAGAAGUUCUUGGAUUUUAUGUAAUUCCUCCCCCCCCCUUUUAAAAGUCACUGAAGUUUCAAUAAAUUUUUAUUGAAAUGUCUUUGGGACUCUUGUGAAAUGCCUUAAUAGAAACGC